UUUUUGUGUGGUGGUUUUUUUUUUCGAUCUACAGUUUUGAACCUGCCUCUUCACCUCAAAAGUCCCCUGGCUACUCUCUCCUCUGACGUGACUCGGUGUCAAUAGAAUAUGCGCAUGCGCAAGCAAGUUGUAGAAGCUCCGCCCAAGAUGUCCGUCAUUUCCUGUAUAGAGGGAGAAGAUCCACCGCCAGUCUCGCUGGAGGCCGAGAGGAGGAAGACGAUGACCAUCAUACACAAAGUGGAGAAGGAGAUCCCAGCCUUUAGAGAAAAACACCUGAAGAAGCUGAAGCCUCAGUUCCCCGAAGAUUUCCAAGACUUUGUACAGUUUAUCGUGGACAGAAACCAGCUAAAAAGAUAUCCCAAAAACCCGACGGAGUUUGUCAACCUCAUAAGUAAGAUUGAGUCAGAACUUUACCAGAGGAAACAAGCGUUGAGCAGAACUCUCCGGAAUUUGUCUCAGGAUGACCCGAGCUUGACCACACGUCGUGAGCAGCUCGUGGAUAACUCCAGCCUGCUGAGUGACCAGAUUGCACGGUCCUCCACGAGAAGAACACCAAACUAGAGCACGACAUCAAAGAUGACGCAGACGAUGCCACACAAGACGUCCGUGACAUUGAGGAAGAACGACGUAUCCUUGGGGAGAAAGUCAUUGCCCUGGCGCGGAUAAGGGAGAUUAAAAAUGACCCUAACACGAUCAAGGUCAUCCACAAGGAGGGUUUCGCCCCUGGCCGGAAGUUUGACGUUUCAGAAGGCUUGGAAGAAGCGUGCCGGACGGCGGCCUCUGAAAUAGGCAGGGACUGGCCCAUGCUCAGCUCACCUCGCCGGUGGUCUGGGUCAAAGUUCAACUUCAAUCUUAGUGCCAGAUCUGAAUCAAGCGUGCACGGUAGUGAAAUCAGCAAAUGUGGGUCCACCCGGAGUCUUGAUCAGUGGUCAAGAGUCAGCCAAGAAGCGUCCAGCAAUGCCUUAGGGAGGACACUGCGCUCCAUGCAUCGACAUUCCAGGCACAGCAAAGCUGAUGAUGACGUAGUGACCACUGUCAACUGACAGCCUCUUCCUUCGCAUCUUCUUGUUGUGGAUUUGAGGGCCAUGUUGUUGUUUUUGUUGGAGGGGCACGGGCAGAGUUGUUGUUG